UUUAACGUUCGUCGACAACGAAUCCUUAACCGCUUUCCAUUUUUCUCCCCUUCGCCUCUCUCUCUCUCUGUGUCUCCGGUCGACCAUGAGCAAGGGACCUGGACUCUUCGCCGAUAUCGGCAAAAAAUCAAGAGAUCUGUUGACGAAGGACUACAAUUCUGAUCAGAAAUUCAGCGUUUCCACUUACAGUGCCUCCGGAGUGGCCCUUACAUCCACUGCACUCAAUAAAGGGGGAAUCCACGCUGCUGAUGUUGCGACGCAAUACAAGUACAAGAACACCUUAUUCGAUGUCAAAAUCGACACUGAAUCAAAUAUCUUCACGACCAUCACAUUCAAUGAGGUCCUUCCAUCCACAAAAUCCAUUGCCUCCUUCAAAGUGCCUUAUUACAGCUCUGGCAAGCUGGAGGUUCAAUACUUCCAUGACCAUGCAACUCUCACGGCUGCUGCAGCUCUGAAGCAAAACCCUCUAAUAGACAUAACAGCUACUCUCGGUACACCAACCAUCGCAUUUGGCGCAGAAGCUGGAUACGACACUGCUUCCAAAGCUUUCACCAAGUACAAUGCUGGGAUUAGCGUGACAAAACCAGACGCUUGUGCUUCCCUAAUACUGGGAGACAAGGGAGACUCGAUAAGAGUAACAUACAUGCAUCACCUGGACGGAUCGAAGAAAAGCGCAGCGGUGGGAGAGGUCUACAGGAAGCUCUCGACGAAUGAGAACACCAUAACAGUGGGGGGAUUAUACGCAGUUGAUCACUUGACGAACGUGAAAGCAAAGCUAAACAGCCAUGGUAAACUUGGAGCGCUUAUUCAACACGAGGUUGUGCCGAAAUCACUAAUGACUCUCUCUGGUGAGAUCGACACAAAGGCAUUCGACACGUACCCCAGGUUUGGUCUGUCUUUGGCGCUCAAACCUUGAAAUACACGUAGACUCCCCUCAGAUUCACCACUUACUUACCUUUUCAAUAAUCAGUUCCGUAGGAUUUAUUCUUCUUUAGACCCUUUUUUUGGGACUGAGCUAGUGAGCUGUAUUCCUUUUUUUGCCCGUUAAUCAUGAGGACGUACCAAUUUCUGCAACCGGACCCCAAUCAAUUUGUAACACCCCAAUAUGUCAAAUGUCUAACGAUAUCCUAUCAGCAUAAGAAACAGAGCAACGACCAACAGAUCAUGAAACCAAAGAUUCAUACAAGCAACCAGAAGAAAAAUUAACUUAAGGGCAAGCAAAAUUGGUUCAUAAACAUUCCUCGCACGUUGUCUUGAGAAACAAAACAAACAUUUCAUGUCCGAAACCAAAUCCUAAAUUCCUUCGCAACCAGAAGAGUAAACACU